UGGCACGGGUACGCGCUGGAGUUCAUGCUAUUUGGCCGUGCUGAUUUGAGUUAAUGGGAAGGACGAGGGUACCCCGAGAGUGAAUGGAUUUAAGUUCAGUUCAAGAUAUUCGCAUUUUUUUUGGACGUAAAACAAGGAUUACAAGACUGUCAUUUCUAUAUUUGCAUUAAGAUAGAGCACUUUAGUCAAUUUACUAAUACUCCGAUUCUUAUCUAGUCAAACCAUUUUACAGUGAGGUUUUCCCUACUAUUAAAAAAUCCUACAGCCAAAACGCAAUUAAUGUAUAAUGUAGUCCCUGCAUUUUCAAAACCCAUUUUUCUGACACAUUUAUAUUUUUCCAUCAGCAGACUUGUGAUUGUAUAGAAAGAGCACUUUAUUAAAAGCAUUUCUACCUCCAAUCUCAACUAUGAUUUCACUUGCACCCAGAAUAAAUUGUACAUCUAUUUAAAACUGAAAUCUACAGUAUAACAGUUUAAAACACCCAAAUCCUCAGCUUUUCUGUACCUCUUGUGAAUCUAGCUGACCCAUAGCCUAACCCUAAUUCUUAGCUGUUCUGUAAAUCUUUUGAAACUAGUUGGGCUACUUGUAUCACAUCAAAACGGUUGUAGUAUUUCCCCCUGGUGUCCACGCCACUCGCUUUCAAUGGAGAUGUCACCUCAAAUCCAGCCAUACCUGCACUGCUAGCUGAGCUCCCUGUGACCACCUUCUGAACUCCGCCCACCCCCCACGCUCCCCCCUUCUUGCGAUGGUGGAACCCCAACCACCCAGAGAGGCUGUGGCGUCCUCCGUCCGCUUCACAGUCACGCCCACCAAGGCUGAGGAUGUGCCAGGCCUCUCUGACACGUCGCCUGAUCUCAGCCUGCGAUCGGGUGGACGUGUACACUUUGGCUCGCGUGAGAGCGUCACGCGCAGCGAGCCACCCAGCGAAGCUUCUGGGGCCGUGACAUCAUCAGCUGGGGUGGACACGCCGGACCGCAGCCGCACGGAACACGGUGAUGGAAAUCCUAAGAUCUCCAAUGUGUAUAUCAAUAACAGUCAUGUCAUCGAUGAUGACGAUUUCUAUGACAGAAACCUGGCCCUGUUUGAGGAGGAGAUGGACACUCGCCCAAAGGUGUCCUCUCUUCUCUCACGCCUGGCCAACUACACCAACCUCACGCAGGGGGCGCGGGAGCAUGAGGAGGCAGAGAACUUUGGCGAGAAGCGCAAAUCCAGCAAGUCUCCUCAGAUGGGCACGUUCAUGGGCGUGUACCUGCCGUGUCUGCAGAACAUCUUUGGCGUUAUCCUCUUCCUCAGGCUCACCUGGGUCGUGGGCACAGCAGGAAUCCUACAGGCCCUGUGUAUAGUUUUCAUCUGCUGCUGCUGUACCAUGUUGACUGCUAUCUCAAUGAGUGCCAUUGCCACUAAUGGAGUGGUACCAGCCGGGGGGUCAUAUUUCAUGAUCUCCCGUUCGCUUGGCCCAGAGUUCGGCGGUGCAGUGGGUCUGUGUUUUUAUCUGGGCACCACCUUCGCCGGGUCCAUGUACAUCCUCGGAGCCAUCGAGAUCCUGUUGAUGUACAUAGCCCCGAGAGCCGCCAUCUUUAUAUCUCAUGAUACUGAUGGCGAGGCGGCGGCCAUGCUGAAUAACAUGCGUGUUUAUGGCUCCAUAUUCUUGCUGCUGAUGUCUCUUCUGGUCUUUGUGGGUGUUAAAUAUGUGAACAAACUAGCAUCUGUAUUCCUGGCUUGUGUCAUCAUUUCUAUCCUCUCCAUCUACACCGGCGCACUGGUGUCUGCCUUCAGGCCACCUUUUUUCCCGGUGUGUAUGCUGGGGAACCGCAGCCUUUCUCAGCAUUACCUUUCGGAUGGUCAGUGUGCCAAGACAAUUCUGUUAUCGCGGGAGAUGCAGACACAGCAGGGUACAAAUGUCACUGGGGGCCUGAAUGGCACGGAAGCCCCAUUGGCUGCAAUUGUGGAGAAGACGACCAUCCUGUGGCAGCAGUUCUGCAACUCAUCGGAGAUGAACGCAAUAUGCGAUGAGUACUUUGCUCACAACAACGUCACGCAGAUUGAGGGAAUACCAGGACUUGCGAGUGGUGUUAUUGCAGACAACAUUUGGAGUUCUUACCUCAGUAAAGGGGACCUUCUGGAGCAAGGUUCUCACUCCGCCCACAGCCCCGGCUACUCCAGCCACGUCUGGAAUGGCUCUCCUUACAUCUUUGCCGACAUCACCACCUCCUUCACGCUGUUGGUGGGAAUCUUCUUUCCUUCUGUGACAGGUAUCAUGGCGGGCUCCAACCGGUCAGGUGACCUGAAGGAUGCUCAGCGCUCCAUUCCGAUCGGGACUGUGCUAGCCAUCCUCACCACCUCCCUUGUGUACCUGAGCAGUGUACUGAUUUUUGGGGCCUGUGUGGAAGGAGUGCUUCUUCGUGACAAGUUUGGAGAGUCUGUGAAAGGGAACUUAGUCGUAGGCACGCUUGCAUGGCCCUCCCCCUGGGUCAUUGUGAUUGGUUCCUUCUUCUCGACGUGUGGUGCUGGCCUCCAGUCACUGACUGGUGCCCCACGACUGCUGCAGGCUAUUGCUAAAGACAACAUCAUUCCCUUCCUGAGAGUGUUUGGUCAUGGUAAGGCCAAUGGAGAACCCACCUGGGCUCUGCUCCUGACUGCCUUCAUUGCUGAACUGGGAAUUCUCAUCGCCUCCCUGGACUUGGUCGCUCCCAUUCUCUCCAUGUUUUUCCUGAUGUGUUAUCUGUUUGUAAAUCUGGCCUGUGCCCUUCAAACCCUGCUGAGGACCCCCAACUGGAGACCUCGAUUCUCCUACUACCAUUGGACUCUGUCAUUUCUGGGAAUGGUUAUUUGCUUGGCGUUAAUGUUCAUUUCGUCAUGGUACUACGCAAUCGUUGCCAUGGUGAUUGCGGGCAUGAUUUAUAAGUAUAUAGAGUAUCACGGGGCAGAGAAAGAGUGGGGAGAUGGGAUUAGAGGUCUUUCUCUCAGUGCAGCUCGAUAUGCUCUGUUGAGACUUGAGGAGGGCCCACCGCACACCAAGAACUGGAGGCCCCAACUGCUGGUCCUGCUGAAGCUGGACGAGGACGCCCACGUUAAGUCUCCGCGCCUGCUAACCUUUGCCUCCCAGCUGAAGGCGGGGAAAGGGCUAACCAUCGUGGGCACUGUUCUGCCCGGGAACUUCCUCUACAGCUUCGGCGAUUCCCUUGCCGCCGAGCAGACCCUAAAGCACCUGAUGGAGAAGGAGCGGGUGAAGGGCUUUGUGCAGUGCAUCGUGGCGCAGAAGCCACGUGACGGCAUCAGUCACAUGAUCCAGUCCAGUGGCCUGGGUGGCAUGAGGCCCAACACGGUGGUGAUGGGCUGGCCCCAUGCCUGGAGGCAGAGCGAGGACCCACAGAGCUGGAAGACCUUCAUCAACACGGUGCGCGUGACCACGGCUGCCCACCUCGCCCUGCUGGUGCCCAAGAACAUCUCACUGUUCCCCAGCAAUAGUGAGCCAUGCACAGAGGGCACCAUCGACGUGUGGUGGAUUGUGCACGAUGGCGGCAUGCUGAUGCUGCUUCCCUUCCUGCUGCGCCAGCAUAAGGUGUGGCGCAAGUGCGGGAUGCGUAUCUUCACGGUGGCUCAGAUGGAGGACAAUUCGAUUCAGAUGAAGAAGGACCUGGCCACCUUCCUCUACCACCUGCGCAUAGAGGCUGAGGUAGAGGUGGUGGAGAUGCAUGACAGUGAUAUCAGUGCAUAUACAUAUGAAAGAACUCUGAUGAUGGAACAGCGGUCACAGAUGCUUCGGCAAAUGCGUCUCUCCAAAUCAGACCGGGAGAGAGAGGCGCAGUUGGUGAAGGACAGGAACUCCAUGCUGCGCUUGACAAGCAUCGGCUCCGAUGACGACGAUGACACGGAUGGGGUGGGUGGGGCAGACAAGGUGGGUGCUACCUUAGAGCACCGGCGCGUCCACAUGACCUGGACUAAAGACAAAGCCCUCGAACUCCGCGCACAGGCACACAUACCAUCUGGCUGCAGCACACCUGAAGGCUUCAGAGACAUGCUGAGCAUCCGGCCGGACCAUUCCAAUGUGCGGCGCAUGCAUACGGCAGUCAAGCUCAAUGAGGUCAUUGUAAACAAAUCCCACGAUGCCCGGCUGGUCCUGCUGAACAUGCCUGGGCCGCCCAAGAACCCCGAGGGGGACGAAAACUAUAUGGAAUUUUUGGAGGUUCUAACAGAGGGCCUAGAGCAUGUCCUAUUGGUUAGGGGUGGAGGAAGUGAGGUCAUUACCAUCUAUUCUUGAUGGCCAACGGAAAUGCAUUGUCCACAUAGCAGCCAAUAGCAAAGAAGAUAAAAAGGGAUGUCACUUAGUGGGUUUUUAGGGGUGUCACAAAGAAAAUUUUGAUGGAACAAAGUGUGGAUGACUUUGUUACAUGGUAGUGUCUGAAAAUCACCCACUCCAUCAAGCUCCUCCCACACUUAGCCAUUUUCCAUCAGCCUCCAAUCACUAUCACCAACACCAACAAAAAUGUCAGCAGCUGUCCCUGUUUUAGUGAUGAUCAGUGUUUGGCACAGAAAGACUGGGCUCUUAGUGUGUAUUGCCGUAGUUAUGUGCAUAUUCUAUGGCUGUGGAGAUAAAGGAGGAAAGUUCUCCUAUAAAGUGGUCGUGGGAAGGAAAGCCAUGUAUCGGACCAAUUAAUGAGAAGUCUUCUACACAUCAAAACACACACAUGUAUCACACAAUUGGACAAUAAGUGUGUUCCAUGGACUGACUCAGGGGUUGUUCUGGUUGAUAAUGGACCGUGUGUGUGUGUUUUUAGUUAGUUACUGUUAGAGCUAGUCAUUUAUGUAUGAAGAGUUGCAAAUUGAAUGAUAGAUCAUUAGUUGAAAGGUUAUUUUCAGCUAACGUCUAUUAUUUAUUUUGUGUGUGUUGUACAAGGAUGUUAUGAGAAGUUGGUUCUGUGGAAUAAAGGUAACAGUUUUGUAGCAAUACGAAGCAGGCACUGUUGCACAUUUAGAGACCCAUGUUUCAGCAUGCCAUUUUAGUGCUUAAUGUUGUCUAGGCUGACAGCAUGCAUGCAUGUUUGUCUGUGUGUGAGAAAGGAACAGAGGUAGUGUCUGUGCAUAUACACAAAUCUUUUUAAUACAUGUCUGCUGUGAUAUGCGCUGGAGGUUUUGUUCUUUUCUUCAAACAACUUAUGUGCUGUCAGCCUUUGCACUGUAAUUCCUGCUCUCCUAAAAGGUUUGUAUUUGUGGAACCUGCUUUUUCACAUGUGCUUGUGUGCACAUGUUGGCUUUAGAUGGGAAGAGAGAUUUUGUUUAUGAAAAUGCUUGUAUCAUUUUUUAUGUGCAGAGAUGUCGUUUCCUGUCCACCAUGCUUGUGAAUCAAUGCCGAAGAUCUACAAUUUAUCAUUCCUUUUUUUAUUACAUUAAUAUUAAAAUAUAAACUCCAGUCUCAAACAAAUGGGAAAUAAAACUGAUUUUCUAA